AUGGAAGACACCGAGUUUACCCUGCGCUGCAGCUUCAUGGAGGUUUACAGGGAGAAGAUGAAAGAUCUUCUGCGACCAAAUUUUGAGGCUCUGCGAGUCAAGGAGGUGCCUCAGCGUGGGCUCUUUGUGGAUGGUCUUUCCCGGGAGUAUGUCACCUGCGCAGCAGAUGUCAUGGCAGUGAUCCGUGCAGGACUGCGUACACGAGUCGUUGGGAAGACUCGCUGCAACCUGUACUCUUCACGGUCCCAUGUGAUCUUUGUGCUUCAUGUUGAACAAUCCUCACCCCAGGGCGAUGAAAAGCUUGGUAAGCUGACCCUGGUCGAUCUGGCUGGGAGUGAGAAAGUCUCCAAAAGUGACUGUGCUGGAGAGACCUUCGAGGAGGCGAAGAAGAUCAAUUGGUCUUUGAGUGCUUUGGGCAAAGUCAUCGACGCAUUGGCUGAGCAAAGACCUCACGUGCCAUACAGAGACUCCCAGCUGACACGAGUUCUGCAGGAGGCCUUAGGUGGAAAUUGCCGAACGACUUUGCUGGUGGCAGCUUCUGGCUGUGCUCAGCAUGCUGACGAAACCUUAUCUUCCUUACGUUUUGCGACCAGAGCAAAGAGUGUUCGAAAUGUAGCGAAGGUGAAUUACACUUACUCGCCGGAACAGCUGUUGCUCUUGGUCGCGAAACUACAAAAGCAGCUUGUAGGUGCACACGAGCACAUUGUGGAGUUGAGCCAAGUUCCACGGCUUCUCCAGGAGUCCCCCAGGCAUGAUAUGCCCGAGCGGACACGAGCGAGCAGCUCCAGACUCUCUCGGAGGUCAGCAUCGUCCAAAUUUGAUGCAGUGUCUGAAGAGGCCUCAGCAAGUUCUAGCACCAGGCCUGCAGCCGAUUUCUCAGAAAGCACUGAGGCUCCGAUGGAGGACGAGGAUGACGACAUGGAGGGUGUGGGACUCCUGUGGUAUGAUGAUGCCUUCAAGCCGUUUGCGACGGCCGCGCAGGAUGCCAUUUCAUCUUUUGAGGCUGGUGAAAUCCACUGGUCGACAUCGACUAAUCCAAGUGGAUGGCAGGCCACUCUUCUGGCACAAGAGAAGUCCCUUGCAGAGGCUGGGGAUCCAGAUGGAUCCCGAUGGCUUUGGACGCAUGUGAAGUAG